GGAAAGUGCUCCAUUAUUGCCUGUGACAGUCUCUCCUUCCCUGCUCCCCUUCUCUUGAUUUCAGGGUUGCCCCUAUCUACGUCGGAGAAGUUGUUCCGUUUCCAUGAGGCAGGGCUGUUGUUCAGUGUGGUGGGGAAGCUCUCCUUAGGGGGAUUUCUUGCUUUCGGCCUGGGCUUCUCCGAGUUCCUCUUGGUUUCCAGAACCUCCAGCCUCACUCUCUCCAUUGCUGGCAUUUUUAAGGAAAUCUGCACCUUGUUGCUGGCCACUCACUUGCUGGGAGACCACCUGAACCUCCUGAACUGGGUGGGCUUUGCUGUCUGCCUAUCGGGAAUCUCACUGCAUGUCACUCUCAAAGCCUUCAGUUCAAAAGGUGAAAAGGAGUCAAAGCUACACAAAGGGACCAGCUCCAGCCCUGACCUGGAGCUGCUGCUGCGGCGCAAUGAGGCUGAGGAGGAGGAAGAGGAAGUUGUAACUGAGCUACAGCACUAAUUUGGCCCUGAGCACAAUGCCCCUGCUGCAUCUGAUCAUCAGACACAACUGACAACUGAGCAGCAAACAGGUCCAAGAAUCUUGGACUGCCAGCUCCUCGAGGUUGGGCACAUGAGAGAAGAUGGAGCUGGUGAGGGGCCCGCUGCUCAGCACCCACAGACCAGAUCCAUGGAGCCUGUUUGGGUGGAACAGGCAGCGCUAGACGCUUCCCCUUAAAAGGGAUUGGAAGAGAAACCUCCCAGCUGUAGUGUGGGGGAUGGGGCGGGGAAACUAAGAUUGUAGAACGAGGGGAGCCCACAGGCUGCAGGUCAUGGACAUGAGGGUCAAGGCUCACUAGGGACUCUUCCUCCAACUUGUUCUGGUGUUGGCUCCAAAGAGAGAAGGCAGAAGGGCCCCUUUGGGGCUCUUUCCCCACAGCUUUGCCAUUCAGAGCCCUUACGUUCUCUGAAGUUGAUGGUGAAAUAGAAAAUCUGGGACUUGCCCCCAUGGGGCAGCCAUUGUACCCAGUAACCUGUUCUCUUCGCAUUGUGUGCUGGGACCGAGGAUACUCCCUACUUGUUAUUGGGGACCAAUCCAGGCAGGAUAAUCAGGGAAAGAGGUGCACUGCUGGCCGCGUGGGGCUCUGCAAGGCAUU